AUGUCGGUACAUUGUUUAUCAAUUCAAGUACCCCCUCCCCUCAACCUCCCUCCCGCCUCAAGCAGGCGGCAGUGGAUGCAGGAGGAGGAGCUGGCACGGCAGCUGCAUGCGGCAGUGGAUGAGAGAGGAGGAGUUGGCACGGCAGCUGCAUCUGCACCCGAAGCAGCUGAGGCGGACAUUGAAGAUGCUGGAGGAGGAGCUGAUGAUCGUGCGCGAGCACAGGAAGGAGUGGGUGGUAACCACUUGAAGCAGCUGAGGCGGACGCUGAAGAUGCUGGAGGAGGAAUUAAUGAUCGUGCGCGAGCACAGGAAGGAGAACACGAGAGCAGCCAAGAAACAGAAGGGGGAGGGGGAGGAGGGGAAGGAAGGGGAGGGGGAAGGCGAGGGGUCGAAAUGGGAAGGCAAGCCGGGGCAGAAGCCAAAGCAGCACUCCCACUCCUACUGCUGCCUGCACUACCCCCAGAUCUAUGACGUUGUCAGGUACCGCAUUCACCGGGCGAAGAAGGCUAUUAAGGACGAGCUAGACAGUCGCAAGGAGGUCAUGUACCUGCUGUGCCCCAACCCGCACUGCAAGGCCCGGUAUUCCACACUAGAUACAGACAGACUCAUCGAUCCAGUUGAUUUCAACCUCAAGUGCGAGCGCUGCCACUCAGAGCUGGAGGCAGAAUCGGACAUGCUGGGAGGGGGAGGCGGAGGGGGAGGGGUGGAUGGGGAGGAUAAUACACGGAAGAAGAAGAAAGAGGCUCUUCAAAACAUGCUGGCGAGGUUCGAGCGCCAACUGAAGCCCCUCAUGGAGCAGAUAGUGAAGGUCAAGGACCUCACGCCGCCCUACUUCGGGUCUCUAUCCGAAUGGGAGGCCAAGGCGUCGCCAGCACAGAGGGCAGCCGCAGUGGGGGGGGAGAUCCCCAAGGCCCUCCCCCGUCUGGCCGGGCCAGGGGGAGGGGGUGCCGGGUCUACCCCUCUGCCCUUCAUGGGGGAAACACGGGUGGAGGUUUCGAUUGGAGGGGAGGACGAGGGUGGUGGAGCAGGAGGGGCGGGAGGAGGAGGAGGGGGAGGAGGAGGGGAAGGGGCGUUGACCAAGCCGGCAGAGAUGAAGGUCAUUCCCAAGUGGGCUAUACGAGAGGGCAUGGUGCUGACCGCUGCGCAGAGAGGGGAGGUGGAGGAGGAGAAGCCGGGGGGCGAAGGGGAGGGCGGGGAAGGGGGAGCGGGGGAAGGGGAUGGGGGAGCGGGGGAGGGUGCGGCGGGGGGGUUGUCUGCAGAGGAAGAGGCAGAGCAGCAGAGACUACAGGAAUACUACAAGGCGUACUAUGCCGCAUUGCUACAACAGCAACAAGCAGCGGCAGCAGCAGGCGGAGCCGAUACUGCUGAUGCCCCAAAUGCACCCGGGGAGGGAGACGAGGAGGAGGAUGUGACAUGGGAAGAGGGGGACGCAGGAGCAUAUGCCACCCCUCCUGCUCCUGCUACUGCUCUCCCUUUCAACACGAGUCAAGCUCUCCCCACUACGCCUAUAGCAGCAGCAAUUCAGGAGGAGGAUGAGGAAGCGGAUUAUGAGUGGGAGGAUGGGGAUGGAGGGGAUGGUGGGGUGGGGGGGAGCGGGGGGGAGGGUGGAGGGGAGCGGGGUGCGGGAGGUGUGAGUAGAGGGGCGGGGAGUGGGGGUGGAACAGGGGAUGGGGCUGGUGUUGUGGUUACCCCGGAACAGGUGGGGGUAGGAGAGGCUGAGGGUGAGGAAGAUGAGGAUAUCGAAUGGGACGAGUGA